AUGGUGGCAAAUGUAUUGGUAUCAUCAUUGUUAGUAUGUUUUUCUUUCAUUUUUUUUUUAAUAAAUAAUAAUGUAUUGGCAUUAUCAAAUUUAGAUAAAAAUCAUAAAAAUGGCGAAAAUAUAUAUUCUAUAAACUCAGAAGAUAAUCAAUUUUCAUAUCAAAAAACGGCGAGUAAACAAAUAAAGACUUCAAAUUUUAUUGUUGCAGUAGAUAAAAUUAAAAGUUUAUCUGACAGUACAAAUAUAACAAACGCAGUUAAAAGUUUUCUUACAAAAAAUCCCACAUUAAGUGUUAUAAUUUUGCUCAUUCUAUCGGUAUUAAUAGGAUUUAUAACACAUAAAGCAGCAUUAAAUAUAUCAAAAAAGAAAAUUGAUUGUGGUACUACUUCUAACGAUGAUAUAGCCGAUGCUAUUAAGGAUAAUAUCAUAAACGAAUCUAUAGAAAGGACAGCUAGUGAGACUAAAGAAAAUGAAAUAAACGAUCCAAAUAAAGAAAACAAAGUUGAAUGA